AUGGUGGGAAAGGAAGGGAAGGAAGGAAAGGAGGGGAAGGAGGGGAAGGCGAGCAAGCUGAGCAUUCAGCUCAAGACUCCCAAGGGGACCAGAGAUUGUGAGUUCCUGGAGGCCAGAUGGUCUGACAAGAUCUUCAAGGAGAUCACUGAGGUAUUCAAACGCCAUGGUGGAACACAACUCGACACCCCCGUGUUCGAACUGAAAGAGAUCCUCGCUGGCAAAUACGGAGAAGAUUCGCGUCUCAUUUACGAUCUCGCAGACCAAGGUGGAGAGGAUUGCGCCUUACGAUACGACUUGACUGUGCCGCUUGCCCGUUGGCUGGCUAUGAACUCGUCAGUACAACACCUCAAGCGGUAUCACAUUGCCAAGGUCUAUCGGAGAGAUCAGCCGGCAAGCCGCAUGCGCGAGUUUUACCAGUGUGAUUUCGAUAUUGCCGGUACCUACGAUCCGAUGAUUCCCGACGCCGAGAUUCUUCGUAUAAUUGUGGAGGUGUUUGAGGCGCUGGGUCUUCGUGACGAUAUCACCAUCAAGCUCAACCACAGAAAGAUUUUGGAUGGUCUGUUCGCCGUUGCUGGAGUGCCUGAAGACAAGACACGCUCUAUCAGCUCGGCUGUUGAUAAGCUUGACAAGCUGCCAUGGGCUGAAGUUAAGGCCGAGAUGGAAGAAAAGGGACUCGCACCAGAAGUUGCCGAUAAGAUCGGUGAAUAUGUCAAGCUCAACGGCGGCAAGGAUCUCUUGGAAACUCUCAAGGCGGAUGCUCAUAUCUGUGCCAACGAAGAUGUUAGCAAAGGUCUCGAGCAGAUGGAACUCCUAUUCCGUUAUACGGAUGCCUUCAACGUGACAGAUAAGAUUUCGUUCGAUCUUUCCCUGGCCCGAGGUUUAGAUUACUACACCGGCGUCAUCUUUGAGAUUGUCACCGCUCUCUCGCCCCCCGACGACUUUGCCCCUUCGAAGAAGUCAUCUUACAAACCUAAAAAGUCCGGUGACAACGAUGAGGACCGGUCGGAUGACCCCACGCUGGGAGUGGGAAGCAUUGCUGCCGGUGGACGGUAUGACAACCUGGUCAACAUGUUCAGCAAGAAACGCCAGAUUCCCUGCGUCGGCAUCUCGUUUGGCGUUGACCGUAUCUUCACUAUUAUGAAGCAGCGAUUGGAGAAGCAGCAGAAGGAGGGUACUGCUGUUGUGCGGUCCAGCGAGGUGGACGUCUUCAUCAUGGCUUUUGGUGGAAAGGGAUUCACUGGUCUCCUUCCCGAGCGAAUGGCUGUGGCAAAUCAGCUCUGGGAAGCGGGCAUCAAGGCCGAAUUUGCCCCCUCGGUCAAGCCGAGACUUCCCCAGCAGUUCAAGCUGGCUGAAGCUGGUGGCGUCCCACUAGCCGUGAUUCUCGGAGAGGACGAGUUGGCCGCAGGGAAUGUCAAGCUGAAGAUUCUCGGUUUGCCCGAAGGCCACCCUGACAAGGAGGGUUCAUUGGUAUCCCGGGACAACCUUCCGGCUGAGAUCAAGAAGUUGCUCGCGACUCUUCCUCUUUGA